GAUACACUACCACCCCAGAGGGCUUUGCGGCGCCACUUCCUUUCCGCCCUCCGAUUCCGCGCAAGAGGCCGUAGGCCGCCAUGGCGCCCAGCCGGAAUGGCAUGAUCCUGAAGCCCCACUUCCACAAGGACUGGCAGCGGCGCGUGGCCACGUGGUUCAACCAGCCGGCCCGGAAGAUCCGCAGGCGCAAGGCCCGGCAAGCCAAAGCGCGCCGCAUCGCGCCGCGCCCUGCGUCGGGACCCAUCCGGCCCAUAGUGAGGUGCCCCACGGUGCGGUAUCACACCAAAGUCCGAGCUGGCAGGGGCUUCAGUCUGGAGGAGUUGAGGGUGGCAGGCAUCCACAAGAAGGUGGCCCGGACUAUUGGCAUCUCGGUGGACCCCAGGAGGCGGAACAAAUCCACCGAGUCCCUACAGGCCAACGUGCAGCGGCUGAAGGAGUAUCGCUCCAAGCUCAUCCUCUUCCCCAGGAAGCCCUCCGCCCCCAAGAAGGGAGACAGCUCUGCUGAAGAACUCAAACUGGCCACCCAGCUGACAGGACCGGUGAUGCCCAUCCGGAACGUGUACAAGAAGGAGAAAGCCAGAGUCAUCACCGAAGAGGAGAAGAACUUCAAAGCCUUUGCCAGUCUCCGCAUGGCUCGCGCCAACGCCCGGCUCUUUGGCAUCAGGGCAAAAAGGGCCAAGGAAGCUGCAGAACAGGAUGUCGAAAAGAAAAAAUAAAGCACUGUGGGGUCUUGUAAUAAAUGCUCUCCAUGAAGCUAAA